ACCAGGGGAAUAAAACACGAGGAACCAGAAACCUGGAGAAUAAAACACGAGGAACAAGGAGAGUUCAUUGACGAGAAAGAGGAGAAUGAAGAAUCAAGUGAAGUUGAGGAGAAAAAUCAUGUCAAAACUGGAGGAAAACCUUUGAGUUGGUCUCAAACCAAACAGAAAGAUUUAAAGAAAAAAAGAGUCAAGAAAACUUUCACCUGUGCUCAGUGUGGAAAGAGUUUCACACACAAACAAGUUUUGACCGUCACAUGAGAAUUCAUACUGGAGAGAAACCUUUCACUUGUGAUCAGUGCGGGAAGAGUUUCAAACAAUCAGCAAACCUUAAGAGACACAUGAACAUCCACACUGGAGAGAAACUGUACACAUGUGAUCAAUGCGGUAAAAUGUUUUUAUGGGCUUCAGUUCUGAAGAAACACUAUGAAGUUCAUGCAAAGGAGAAGCCACAUUCAUGUCAUUUGUGUGGUAAGAGUUUUUUGCAUCUACAGAGUUUGAAAGAACAUCAGAAAAUACAUACUGGUGUGAGAGAGUACAUGUGCUUUGAGUGUGAAAAGACUUUUAGUUCAGCGAGCAGUUUAAAACUGCACCAGAGGAUCCACACUGGAGAAAAACCUUAUAAAUGUUCACACUGUGACAAGAGAUUCAGUGAUUCAUCAUGUCUGAAAUCACAUGAGAGGAUCCACAAUGGAGAGAGACCUUAUAAAUGUUCACACUGUGACCAGAGAUUUAAUCAAUCAGCAAAUCUGAAAACACACAAGAGGAUCCACACUGGAGAGAAACCUUAUAAAUGUUCACACUGUGACCAGAGAUUCAGUGAUUCAUCAUGUCUGAAAUCACAUGAGAGGAUCCACAAUGGAGAGAGACCUUAUAAAUGUUCACACUGUGACCAGAGAUUUAAUCAAUCAGCAAAUCUGAAAACACACAAGAGGAUCCACACUGGAGAGAAACUUUAUAAGUGUUCACACUGUGACAAGAGAUUCAAUCAAUCAGCAAAUCUGAAAACACAUGAGAGGAUCCACUCUGGAGAGAAACCUUACAAGUGUUCACACUGUGACAAGAGAUAUAGUAAUUCAUCAAGUCUGAAAACACAUGAGAGGAUCCACACUGGAGAGAAACCUUAUAAGUGUUCACACUGUGACAAGAGAUUCAAUCGUUUAGCAUAUCUGAAAACACAUGAGAGGAUCCACACUGGAGAGAAACCUUACAAGUGUUCACACUGUGACAAGAGAUAUAGAUUCAUCAAGUGAAAACACAUGAGGAUCCACACUGGAGAGAAACCUUAUAAGUGUUCACACUGUGACAAGAGAUUCAAUCGUUUAGCAUAUCUGAAAACACAUGAGAGGAUCCACACUGGAGAGAAACCUUAUAAAUGUUCACACUGUGACAAGAGAUUCAGUGAUUCAUCAUGUCUGAAAUCACAUGAGAGGAUCCACAAUGGAGAGAGACCUUAUAAGUGUUCACACUGUGACAAGAGAUUCAUUGCUAAGCUAAAAACACAUGAGAGGAUCCACACUGGAGAGAAACUUUAUAAGUGUUCACACUGUGACAAGAGAUUCAUUGUUUCAUCACAUCUGAAAACACAUGAGAGGAUUCACACUGGAGAGAAACCUUAUAAGUGUACACACUGUGAUAAGAGAUAUAGUGAUUCAUCAAGUCUGAAAAGACAUGAGAGGAUCCACACUGGAGAGAAACAUUAUAAGUGUUCACACUGUGACAAGAGAUAUAUUGAUUCAUCAAGUCUGAAAAGACAUGAGAGGGUCCACACUGGAGAGAAACAUUAUAAGUGUUCACACUGUGACAAGAGAUAUAGUGAUUCAUCAAGUCUGAAAAGACAUGAGAGUAUCCACACCUGAGAGGAAUCGUAUCACUACACUGUACGUGGGAAGCGUUUCAUUCAGUCAUCUGUUCUACACAGUCAUACAAAAAAAACAAUCACAGUAAGGCCCCAUACACACAGAGACACAUUUAGCUGUAUAUGUAAAUAUUUUGUAUGGUAUAUGUGUUUCAUCCAGGCGGAUCCGGCUUUUGGGAGAGUGAAAUGUAUUUUUUUUUUUUUUUAACCGGGUCCCAGAGUGGAUAAAUCUGAAAAUGACAUCUUUG